AGUCUCCCACAGCCGCUUCCGUCGCGCUGGGUAGCCGGCCGGGCUCAGUAGCAGCCUUUCAGCCUAUUUGUUUGUUGGCAAAUAAUAUUUUUUGUUUCUGUGAAGGUGUGUUCGGGGGAGCUGCCGGGGUUGCACGAUGAACGCGGGCGAACAGAGCGAUGGUUUCGCCCCGGUGCCGUUUUCUCCAGGGGCCACAGUGUUGGUAGAAGUAAAUGCGGAUAUACACAUCUGCGGAAUCUGCAAACAGCAGUACAACACUCUGGAUACCUUUGUGGCUCACAAGCAAAAUGGCUGUCACCUUGGGACAACUGCAGGCACCAGCUCUGUACAGUUUGUGGCAGAGGCAGCAACACCUGCCACCCAGACUCAGACUGCUACAAGUAUGAUUACCGCACAGACACAGACCAUCUCAGUUUCCAAUCGGUUGUCAGAAUUUGGUUUUGAACAAGGAUAUCAGGCGUAUCUACCUGGUACCAGCAAUGCAGGCCAAGUUUCCAGUAUAUCCUUAGGACCCACCAGGCCAACUCCAAAAAAAUCAAAAUCGAAUUCAACAUCACAAAAAAUGCUGACGUGCUGCUAUCCAGGUUGUUCAUUCAAAACAACGCAUGGAAAUAAAGAUUUAGAUCGGCAUUUAAGAACGCACACAGGCGAAAAGCCUUUCAAAUGUGACACUUGCAACAAGCGAUUCAGUCGUCUGGAUAAACUGAAGAUGCACAAUCGUUCACACACUGGAGAGAAGCCUCAUAAAUGCCAACAUUGUGACUAUGCGGCAGCAGACAGCAGCAGCCUAAAGAAGCACCUCCGGAUCCAUUCUGACGAGCGUCCAUUUAAAUGUCAGAUAUGUCCUUACGCUAGCCACAGCUCUAGCCAGCUCAUUAUCCAUCUCCGCUCUCACACUGGGGAUGCUCCUUUCCAAUGUCAAUUGUGCGAUGCUAAAUUUAAAAUCAACUCGGACCUAAAGAGACAUAUGCGCAUCCACUCUGGUGAAAAACCCUAUCAAUGUAGCUUCUGUGAUUACCGCUGCGCCAUGAAGGGCAACCUCCGAUCUCACAUCCGUGUAAAGCACAGCAUGGAGAACACUUUCAAGUGCUCACAGUGUGACUUCCGAUGUGGGAACAAGUCUACAUUGCGGCAGCACACAAGGACCCAUCAACCGGAUAAGCCAAUAAAAUGCUUGCAGUGCAGCUACUCUUGUGCUAGUAAAGGAUCGUUAAAGGUCCAUGAAAGAAUUCAUUCUGAAGAUCGACCUUUCAGGUGCAAGUUCUGCUCCUUUGAUUCAAAGCAACGCAGCAAUCUCCUCAUGCAUCUUAAAAAGCAUCAUAUAGGCAAAGAUAAACUGAGUACUGGGAAGAAAGACGCUGAUGGGCAAAAGCAAGGCAGUUCACGGCUAGUGGUCAAACUAGAUGCCAAAAAGCCAUUCAAGUGUGAUAUUUGUGAUGCAAGUUUUGUCAGAGAGGAUUCACUUCGCAGCCAUAAGAAUCAACACCGUGAUUUAUCCCACAGCAGUGAUAACAGUGCACUAGCUGUUCUCCAGCUGCAGAUACAUCAUGAAAACCAAAACAGCGUUCCUUCUGUGUCUAAUCAUCUCCAACCAAGAUCAGUCACAACCUUUAGUAAAGGAGAAGUGAAGAUUAUAGUUAGCCAGCAGCUGAGUCCAGCCAAUAGCAUUGUUCAAGCAGCAGUGAAUGAACAUCACACAUUAAGAGACACUGUGGUGUCUGAGCCAAGUCAUCAGAACAGAGGUGAUGUGACUUCCAGUAACCAGUUGCAACUGUUGCAGCAGGUCAAUUUGAUUGCUCCAACUCAAGAAGCAAUAUCACAGAAUGAAACUGAAACUAACUCAUCUUUAGAGCAGGAAGCCACCUUACUUAGCCCUAUUGAUUCCAGUGCCACUGACAGCCUCCAUCAGGCACUAAUGCAAACCACAGCAGUCGGUAACCAAGCAUCUUCAAACAGUCAGUCAUUCAUCACUGCGUCCACAAUCAACUGCUCAGACCUGGAUGGCCUAAAUGCACUCAUUCAAGAGGACAGCAGGGAGGUCACUGUAGUUAGUGACUCUAGCCAUACUGUUGCAACCUCUUCCUCAUCGUCAGCAUCACCUAUCUUCUCCUCACCAUCUCCUCAGUUGCAGGGACCUAAACAUACUUAUCCUAUCAUUCCAGCAGCAGCUCCAUCCAGUGUUACGUGCUCAGUAUUACAAAUUCCAUCUCAUAAUUCAUCAGCUGCAGGAUUCCCUUCGCAGCCCGAGGAAACAAAUGGUCUUUUGGUAUCCAGCAUUGGCAUCAGCACUUCAGGGGUGAUUAUACAGAGUCUUCCAAUGGUUGUUACAACAACACAGCAACAACAAACUGAUGAUCCACUCUCUGAGCGGGCAUUCUACUCUGAAUCCAGUGCUUCAUCAACCUUAGUGCUACAGGAAGCCUCACAGCUUUCUGAUCAACAGACAAUGCAUCUAACCUCCAGUGGAGACAGCACACAACCUUCCUGUUCAGUAACGGAAACCCAGGGGUGGACAAUGUAGAAUUAUGUUAUCAAUCUGGAUUCUGAAUACCGUUGGGUAAAAUGCAGUGUUGAUGCAGAAUCUAAUGUCUUUUGAGUUCUGUAGAUGGCUGUUGGAUGUGGUUAUCUUACACAGUAGAUCAUAAGAUGAAAUCAUGCAAUAACAAAUUAUUUCAUAUCGUUAUCUGACAUCUUCAGCUGGCUUUCAUAGCUUUGACCAUAGAUUAGAUUUCAGUCUGAAUCUUAGUUAAUAUUUGAAAAUGUUUACCGCAUUGUUCGUGGGCGCUUCUCCAUCCUAAGUACCUAAGGGAAGUGGUGAUUGAAAACUAGGAGAAUAAGCAAAAUUAUUAGUGAAUCCACAAUCUGAUGCAUGACGAAUCUCAUUUUGUUCGUUUCGACAAUGAUUUAUUCAUUCUGGUUGGAAGAGGGGGGGAAGAGAUAAUGGGAACUGCAGAUGCUGGAGAUUUGCUGCUGAGGGGCCAGAGUUGGUCCCGUUCUGUAAGGAGUGAUCGGGCCUUCAUGAUCUUUGGAAGCAUUCUCGUCCAGAUUUCUGUCUUCUGCAGGUAAGCAUUUGAGUGUCUAUCACAGGUGUCAUGACUUCAGUCGUACAAAGAACACAAAAAGUUAAUCAGUACGUUUGUAUGUAGAUUCAGCAAAUAUUUGAGAAUGCAAAUGAUGUUGACAUUAGUGCGAGGGGAGUGGAGUUACAGAAUAUGAAAGUCUUGCCACAGUUCUAUGGUACUUCAAUGAAACAACACCUGGGUAGCUAUUCUUCAUAUUGAAGAAAGGAUAUAUUGCCUUGGAGAUGGUACAGUGAAGCUUCACUAGAUCAGUUACUGGAAAGAGAAGGCUGAGUAAAUUGGAGUGUAAACGAAUGAUAGGUGAUCUCUGGAGUUUAAAAGAUUGAUGGGUGAGUUUUAAAAAAAACGUACAGGUUUGCGGAAAAUUGAAUGCCCUGCCUGGAGAAUCUGGAAGAUGGGGUUACAGGUUCAAGAUCAGGGGUCAACUAUUUAGGAUUGAAGUGGGGAAAAAUAUAUUCAACCGGAGGAUGUGAAUCUUCAGUAUUGACUGGCCCUGGAGGGUUGUGGACAUGCCAUCAUUGAGUGUAUUAAAAACUGAGAUUGACUGAUUUUUGAUCUCUCAGGGAAUCAGGGUGUGUGGGGAAGAGGGGGGUGGAGACUAUGUCAAAGACAUGGAGUUGAUGGAGAAGGAAAAACUAUGAUCAUAUUGCGUGGUGAGGCAGGUUCAAGGAACUGAAUGAUCAACUCCUGCUUCUGCAUCUUAUGUUCUUCUAGAUCUACAUUCAUAGGCUGAUGUUGUUUAUCGUCUAGGCUCACGGGUAAGGGAUGGGAACAAAGUUUUGUAAAAUCAGUCUUCAUCUAGGAUGUAUCUGAUAGGGAGAGAUGUUUGAGGGAAAAUAACAGUAGUUUUUGUUAGACCUUUAUUAAAAUAUCUUAUCAAACGUUUUAACUGGUAAAAGUAAGUAGUACAACUCUGCUAGCUGGAGAGAAACAGCAAAGAAAUAUGGAGGGCAGAAAAGUGUAUAAAAUACUCUGUAAAUGUAUUUCAGUCUUGAAGUUAAUGCAGUUGUGCUCAAUCAUUCUCAAAUGGAUUUAAUUUUAAAUUAGAAUGAACUAAACCCAGAAAAUUAUAGCAACUAAACUCAUGAUUGUCCAGCAGAAAAAUAAAAUCAAACAUUGAAUCUAUGAAUCAACUGGACUUGUAAAAUCAUCAGUAAGCAUAACCAAUUAAUAUUAUAAUUUAAUGGAGGAGCAUUUUGUCUAUUUUUAAGAAGGUUAUUUUGCAUAAUUUCUAUGAACAAAUCAACAAAACA